AUGGGACAACCCUUCAUCAUUUUGAUAUUUCAUGGAACUGAGGAAAACAAAACAAUAUUGUUUUCAUUACUUCAUAUUUUUUUGCUUUCUUUCUCAUUUUCUUCUUUCUCAAUUUUGUCUCAUGCUCUCUCUCUCUCUCUCUCUCUCUCUCUCUCUCAUCUUUAUGUAAGAGAGGGGGGGGAUAUUUCCUUUGCUGUUUUUCAUCUUCCUUCUCCCUUUUAUCCCUCCUAUUUCCUCCCCUUUAACUCUCUCCUUUUAUUCCUCCUAUUUCCUUCCCUUCCUUUUAUUCCUCCUAUUUUUCCGCUUCAACUCUCUCCUUUUAUUCCUCCCCUUCCUUCUCCCUUUUAUUCCUCCUAUUUCUCCCCUUUUAUCCCUUUACCUCCCCAUUUUAUUCCUCAUUUCCUCCCCUUUAAUUCUCUUCUUUUACCCCUCCUAUUUCUGCUCCUUUACCUCUCCCUUUUAUUCCUCCUAUUUCCUCCCUUUUAUCCCUCCUAUUUCCCCUCCUUUAACUCUCUCCUUUUAUCCCUAUUUCCUUCCCUUCCUUCUCCUUUUUAUUCCUCCUAUUUCCUACCCUUUACUUCUCCCUUUUAUCCCUCCUGGUUCCUUCCCUUCCUUCUCCCUUUUAUUCCUAGUAUUUCCUCCUCUUCCUUCUCCCUUGUAUCCCUUCUGUUUCCUUCAAUUUCUUCUUCCCCCGUCAUAUCCCUUUCCCUUCCUUCUAUUGCCACUAAAUCUCUUCUUUUUCUUCCUCUGCUUCUAUUUUCACACAUUUCUUUCUUCUUUUCACUUAUGCCAGUUUCUUUUGUCUAA